UUUAUUUGAUAAAAAUAAUAUACGACAACUGUAAUUGACCGAGGUAUAUACAAUACACAUUCAUUAUACGACAUCAACUGAUCCAGGUAUAUUCAUCUUGCGAGUUCGUCCGUAUAUAUAAACAUAAUAUCAUAAACCUGGUACAUGCAUUACAGUACAAUGAACUAGACCACAUAAUUUAAAUGUUGAUAGUAUCGCUGCCUUGUUUGCUAUGCUAAACGCUUAGGAGUAUCGCUGCCUUGUUUGCUAUGCUAAACGCUUAGGCCUCCGAUUUAAUUUAGGUCAACUAUGAUGCAUUUAUAACUUUAUCUGUAGCUUCAUCCUAUUUCUAGCCGACUGUUAUACGCUUCGGGCUAAUGCAUCGCCUUGAAUUGUAUAGGCUAUACGCGAGGAAGCAACCAUAAAUUAUUGAUAUUUUAGUGUACCCGUAUUAAAUCACCUGCACAGGCUUUAUGUCAUACCGCCAUAAUAAAAUCAGUUAAACUAGCCAUUUUUUUUUAUACAAAACACAUAGGCCCUACUUGGCCUUAAUCUUUAUCAUCAAUAUAACGCAUUGCCAUAAACUUAAAAUGAGAUUUGACAAUAUUCAAAAGUACCCGAAACUGUGAAAAUAGCCAGUUGACAGCCGGGUCCUCCCGUAAAUCGGUGAUCGAUGGCACUGAUAAGCCAUCAUCAUUAUGCUGAUAAAGCUUAUUAUAAGAAUGAUAAAAUCAGGAAAUUAAUGUUUUCAAUAACCAAUCGUUGCAAUCGAUUAUAGUAUGAAGAGUGUUGCAACCUAUAUAAGGGAGUAUAUUGAGAGAUACGUAGCAGUUUCUUCCGCAUACAUUUAUCUGAAUGUGAAGGUAGGCCAACAACGCUAGUAUGUAGUGGGUGUAUUUUGUCGAGCAUUUCUUUCAAUUAAAUGAGAUAUUAAGAGUUGUUUGAAAGUAAGGCAUACUUACCACGGGAAUAUUAAUGGUUUAUAGAUGGCGAGAAAAACUAACAACUCAAAGCAAGGUCAGUCGAUGACGUCAUUUCAUUACGUCACCAUUCUGGCCAUUCUGUCCGUCCUUAACGUCUCGUUCUUUUUCGGCUUUGGGUUUUCUCCGACGACUUUUCGGUGCUCCACCGACCUGGUGAUGGAGUCUGUCAGCGUCUAUCUGGACGGGAAUGGUGCGCCGGUUAUUGAGCGUCUGCUGCAGGACUCUUGUGGAAAGCCGUCGAUCGGCGCCAUCCGCGAGCUGGACCGCUCCGUCCGCCAAUUGAUUUCUCAUUGCAAGAAUACCACAGAUAAACGCUCGCUUCCAGUGAGCAAGGAGCCUACUAUAACAGUAUUCACUACAUUCGCAGACCACCUUCAUACAAAUACGGAAAAAAUACUAGUGCAUAAUAAUACAAUUAAGAACUGGGCAAAACUGCGUCCGCGUGUGAACUUGAUUUUAUUCGUAAAUGAUUCUCUAUGGGUGAAACCAAGCAAACAACAUGGUUGGGAAACCAUUGAACUAUCAGAUGAAGGAAACCGUCCACCAGUUUUAAAGGAAAUGUUUUCUAAGGCGAUGAAACGUUUUAAAACACCAUGGUACGGAUAUGUUAACGGGGACAUACUGUUUACUAGUGAACUUCUUGACAAUUUGGAUUUUUUCACAAACACAAGGAAUGUUACUGCAGACAGAAUCAUGUUGACGGGAAGGCGGACCAACAUCGACAAACUCUCUCUGUUAGAUCCCACGUCGGACGCCAAUCUCACAGAAACUGCCCGGAUGUACGGAACCCUGUAUCGGGAAGACGCCGAGGAUUUCUUUAUUACGACUCGAGUGUUCCCAUGGGAACACAUCCUGCCCGUUGUCGUCGGUCGCCCUGGAUACGACAACUGGCUGGUGCGCGAGGCGCGCUGUAACCUACAAGUUGACGUCAUCGAUUUGUCGAAUACGUUACUAGCAGUGCAUCAGACGACUAUGAAGGGUGGAAACCAUGAAGGACAUAUGCAUCCGCUUAGUAAUUACAAUUUUGAAGUGUUUAAAAAGAAUCAAUUGACGCCCAAUUUUCUUGCAGGGAUAACAGACUGCAUACCGUUCUUUACUUACUAUGAUUUCUGUAAACAAAUCCAAGUUGCCAAACAGACAAAUUUUGGACAUAGAUGCAGUUGCCAGUUUAGAUGAUGCUGCCUCACUCUAGGCUUUCUAAUACAUUUGUGUCGACGUUACAUCAACGCCAAAGUUUUUCCAUACAUCUUUUUCUUUUCAUUCCGGUAUCACAUAUACAUGUAUGUACUUACUAGUAUUGUCUAUUUGUUUCUAUGAAAUAUGGAUUACAACUAGAGAAAAAUAUCUGAAUAGAAAUUAUAUUCUCCCACCUCAGAUAAGUAGAUCCAUUAAUUUAGCCAUGCUAGAAAUUCUUAUCUUGCCCACGGGCGAAGAUAAAAUGCCCGUAUGGAACUUCUUUUUUAGUGGUCACCACAUUGUAAUUACCUCCCUUGUUGAAGACUGUCGUCUGUAGCGCAUCAUGGAAAACUUGUCUUGUGGCAAUAUUUAGAACGCUAUUUUAUUAUUUCUCGCUUCAAAUGUCACCAGAAAACAGUUUUCACGCACCUUUCAAGAAAUAAUGCUUCACUCUUCUUAAAACUAUUUAAAGACCGGUCAGACCAUUAACACACUCUGAAUCACUGCGCGAAUAUCCAUGACAACCACGAAUUAUCGCAUAUCCGUACGCAAUUAUUUUCACUAAGCACAAAAGAGUUCCAGCAAAAAAAUACAUUUUAACUAAAUUAUGUUUAACUGAGGUGGAAGAAAAAGCAUCUACCAUAGCCGCUCGUGUAAGAUGGGUUCAUCCCGACCCUCACACAGGGUGUUUUGCGGAAACUCGGUAAACCGCAAAACACCCUACGCUCGGGUCGGAAUGAACCUAUCUUACACUCUCGGCCAUGGAAGAUACUUAUACACAUAUGUUUUCCGGUAACGCCAAAGUAUGGAUAUUUGUAAACGAAAUAGGGUUUCAAGUAUGUUACACUAUUUUCGUGAAUGUGAUAUUAUUCGCUUCAAAAACAACACGCCUUUGAGAAGUUUGAGUCUUGAGAUUUACAGUGUUAUGAUAAAGUGCCUUUUAAUCGGUAUGAGUUCAUCAUAACUAAUGUUUUGGUUCUGUGAAUUUGGAGCCCUGGGUGCAGCAGACGUUUGUUCGGUUUGUCAUACUGUACUCAGAAGUAAACAUAGGCUUGACUUGUUGACAGAUAGGAUCAAAUAAUUGACUACAAAUGUUGCAUCACCAAUGUACCUUAAUUUGAUUUUUUUUGUGGUUUUAGGUUUACAAUAUUUUUUACAUGUAUUAUCAAUAUUUCAAAAUUGUUACUCGGGUCUACUUUCAGUGACGUGCAGAUAAAAAUCUGCAUAAUGUUUUCAUAUUUUGCCAAUACAUCGAAUGGUAUAAUAGUUGAGAUUGCCCGGUGUAUUGUGUAUCAGCCUUAUAUCCCCAUUCUUAUGUCCUUAAUAUAAUGGCAUAAUGUUUCCGUUUUCAUUUAAGUAAAUAUCUUUAAUAAAAUGUAUUGAAAUUAAAAUUGAUUUCGACUGCGUUGAUUGUUUAGUAAAUCCAAUUUCCAACUCGAGUGUAAACAGAGUCAUUAUUUUUCAUCUAAGGCCUAAAAAAAAAUUGUUUGGUUAGGGUUACAUCCUUUUCAAAAAUAGGUAGGGUAGGUAGGCUUUUUUUUUUUUUUUUUUUUUUUUUUAUUAGGCUUUAUAUAAGAAUGUCAUUUUCAUCAUUGGAGAAUGGUGUUAAAGUUAUCUUCUAUAUAAGCAAUUAAGGUUUUAAACUACAUAUUAUUUUUUUUAGUUUAGUUUUUUCCUUUUUUUUUCAAACUGACUAUAAAAACGUUAGGGUCGGCGCCUAUUCCGUAGGUAGGGUCGGGUAACCCGAACCAAAUGUAUUUUUUUUUUAGGCCUAAAAAGAAACCAAUCUUUAGUUGGUUUAUGAUUUCCAAAACGUCCAUUGGAUCGUGUUGUUGAAAAAGCACGAGAUGUAUUAAAUACAUAUUACAUGUUUGAAGGACUUUGUGCAAUGUUUGUUCUUAAUUGUGUUUGGAUACCAUGGUGUAACAUUUUAUUUUCAUUUACAGCGGAAACUCGAUAUGUUGAGUGGACGUGGUCUCGAGAAAUGCCUCGUAAUAACGAGUAUUCGAUAUAUCCGAAAUAAUAAUUUCAAAUUGGACCAAUGUAUAUGACAAUACUCUUUCAUUGUCUUCAUUUAAUAUAAUGAUUAUAUGAAUACCUCGAUGAGGAAUACUCAUGUUUGACCAACGUAAUAUAAUGAUUAUAUGAAUACCUCGAUGAGGAAUACUCAAUGUUUGACCAACGUUUCUUCCAGCAUGUUGUUGUACAUUUUUUGAACGCAUCGAUUACAUUUUAUUUCAUGUAUGUAUAUAGGCCAUAAAUAGUCAUGCAGUAUUGCUUUUAUGUUUCUACAUGUACAUGGAUUUCUACUGACCGUUUAAUGUUGGAGAAUAAAUUGUGAAAAACACCAA